AUGAGUCUCGAAAAUACUUGCGAGGAAAUUAGCCAAAGUGAAUCCCAAGUGGAAAAUCUAAGAGAGCAUAAAGAAAACGGCGACACUGUUAAAACUGAUAAAGUAAAAGUCGAUAUCCUAUUAAAAGCUACUGGAAAUGCGCCCAUUAUGAAGAAAAAAAAGUGGGCUGUUGAUGCAGAGAAACCAAUUGGCUGGAUAAUGGAAUUUGUUAAAAAAUACUUAAAGUUGGAACCUGAUGAAAAGUUGUUUCUGUAUGUUAACCAAACAUUUGCGCCAUCACCUGAUCAAGUGAUAAAAAAUUUAUAUGAAUGUUUUGGAACUGAUGGUAAAUUAGUUUUACAUUACUGCAAAAGCCAGGCUUGGGGAUGA